CUGAAGAAAGAAGGAGAAAGCGCUUCGGGUAUGUAGUGCACCCGAAAACGAAGUCAGUGCAAUGCGGAAAGCGCCCUCUGCGAUUGCCGCCGAUAGUAGGGGCACCAUCAGUGCGUAAGUUUCCUUCACCGGAACUGGUGGACCACCUUCGACGCCGGGGGAGUCAGGAAGUUUGGUGCAUGACCGUCGAGGGAUCGAGACAACGUUGCGGUGGAGCAGUGGAUCAGUCAGCCAGUCGGCGAACUAGCAUAAGCUAGGGGCCGGAAUUUUAGAAGAAGUCCAUGAGCACAGCCCCACAACCCCCUCGUAUACUUAGUAUACGAGAAAGGCAAAAGGAAAAAUCAUUCUAAAAACCGAUUUGUUUUGUAACUAAAUUGUGUACAAAUAAAAAUGUAUCAGAUAAUUGAUCAAUUUUUGACGAAACAAAACUCGCCGGUCAGCUGGUUUAAUGUAAAUAAACUUUAUUCGGUGUUGAUAGCAGAAGAGAAGCAUCACGCCAGACACUCAUUAUCAUUGCAUUCAUAAUUGGUGCUUCGUUUAUAGCUGCGCUGAUAAAUACUACGUUAUCGUUAUCAAAUUUCUAUUACUCAAAAUUUUGAAUACGCCAACACCAGAUAGCAAAUCAUUAUUCUCCCAACCAGCAAUGGUGCAGUACAUCGCCAAAAAGUGGAUCUACGCCCGUACCUUCGAAGGCGUUCCUAAGCCGGACGACUUUCGUCUCGAAGAGGAAGUUUUGCCCGAGAUUCAAGAUGGAGAGUUCCUUGCCAAGGCGGAGUUCCUGAGCGUGGAUCCUUACAUGCGCAUCCACAUACAUUUGUACCCGGUCGAAAUAGUGAUGAUCGGUGGUCAGAUUGCGCAGGUACUCGAUAGCAAACAUCCGGACUUUCCCGUUGGGGCGUACGUGUUCGGUCAGUUUGGAUGGCGAACCUAUACCAUCUGUAAUCCGGCCGAGAUCGAAACGAAGAAGCCGUACGUGUUGCCCGAUUUUGGUCCAACGUUGCCACGUUCGCUGGGUUUCGGGGUGCUGGGAAUGGUUGGGAAUUCGGCGUAUUUUGGAUUUUUGGAGGUUUGUCGCCCUACGGAGGGGAAAACCGUUGUGGUCAGUGGGGCGGCUGGAGCUGUUGGAAACAUUGUGGGACAGAUUGCAAAGAUUAAAGGUUGUCACGUGGUGGGAAUAACCGGCUCGGACGAGAAGUGCCAAUGGUUGAAGGAAAUCGGUUUCGACGCUGCAAUCAAUUAUAAGAUGGCGGACGUAGAAAAAGAGUUGCAGCAGGCUGCUCCCGAGGGAGUGGAUUUCUAUUUUGAUAACGUCGGUGGUCAGACAGCGGCAACUGUGCGAAAACAAAUAAACCUACGGGGAAGAAUAGCAGUUUGUGGAACGAUCUCCAUGUAUAACGGCAAUCCAGCGCAGGUUGCGGACCCACAGAGAGAUUUCGUUGGGAAGCAGCUGGUUCAGGAGGGAUUCAGUGUUUAUCGCUGGACGGACAGGUGGUUCGAGGGAAUUAACCAAAACCUGAAGUGGAUCCAAGAGGGCAAGAUCAAGUAUCGGGAAACGAUCACCGAAGGCUUUGAGAAUAUGCCAAAUGCAUUUAUUGAUAUGCUGAAGGGAGGAAACGUUGGUAAGGCUAUUGUCAAAGUUUAA